UUUUGGGAAGGGCAACUAACUGUUCUAAGGCGUCAUCAUCUGUGACCCUGAACUUAAAGUGGACUAGUAAAUAAAUCAUUGUAACUGAACAACAGCUAAGUAGCUAUUUUCGAGUCCAUUUGAAUUCUGGGAGGAUUAUCAAGUAAAAACUCAUUAUUUUCUUACCCUGUGGUGACGAAUGACUAUGAAGGCGGUGACAGUGCCACGUUUAAGACUGCGUCUGUGAUGGGCUGAGCAAGCGAAACUGAAGUCAUUUUGUUGGUUUUCUACAUUGUAACGGUUUUAGAGUUAUGACGGAGGUUUUUGACGUGGUCUUGGCCACUAUUCCUUAUAUUAGCAUUUCCCCCCAUAUGCCUACAAGUUAAUGAUUUAUUUGAAAUAGUUAUUUUACCCGGUUCAUGGUGGGCAAUGUUAUUCCAAAGUCCAUGACUUCACUCCAACGUCCCACUCCUUCUCAGAAUGCUGGACUGACUGCUGAGGAAUGGCAUCGGCGAUAUUCGAGGGGACGUCUCUGGUCAACAUGUUUGUCAAGGAUUGCUGGGUGAACGGGAUCCGUAGACUGAUCAUAAGUCAGCGAGGAGAGGAAGAAGAAUUCUACGAGAUCAGAACCGAGUGGUCAGACAGAAACGUUUUGUAUUUGCACAGGAGUUAUUCAGAUUUUGGGAGAUUGUUCAAAAGGCUGGUUGAAUCAUUCCCUGAGGACAGAAGAGCUCUAUCCAAGUCCCCGCUUAUAGAAGGUCUGGUUAAGAUUAAAGAGGCCAAUGACAUUGAGCUGAAACUAAAUGAGGUGGAGAAGCUACUUAAGAAUGCCAUCAACAUGCCAUGGAAGUAUUCUAGGUCAGAGGUGGUGUUGACAUUCUUUGAGCGAUCACCGCUGGACCAAGUGCUGAAGAAUGACAACGUCCACAAGAUCCAGCCAUGCUUCCAGAGUCCAUACAAGAUAUCAGAGAUCAUGCGUUCCAAUGGCUUCUGUCUGGCCAACACUGAGACAAUCGUGUUUGAUGAGAGUCUGCCACAGGACGAAGAGAGACCCUCAUCCACUGACUCUGCUGCUGGCUCUGCAGAACACCUGUACGAGGAUGGCAGGGAGUUCCUGACGGUGGAACCAGACAUCAGUGACGAUGACUCAGAUGCCUACGUCACAAACCUGUCUUACUACCAUCUGGUCCCCUUUGAGACGGACAUCCUGGAAUGAGGAGCCAAAAUGGCUGACGGUUAGCAUCACUGCCUGCUCAGAUGCUGUCAGAAACCAAACCAUGUCAUGUGACCUAGCUGUGGACAGCUCUGUCCAGCAUGUUGGCCACAAAUGUUUCAGUAGCUGCACAACUGCACCUAUUAACUUUGCUACUGCUGCUUAUAGGCCAACGUUUGUCAUGGCAGCUUUGUCUCUGUCGAAUCGGAGAGCAGAUCCUGGGGUUCAGCGGCUGUAUGGACAGACACACAGACUGUAGUGUUACUCACAGAAAGAUUGUAUAGAGAGAGAUUUAAUAUCACUGGCUUACAAAGUCCAAUGUCUGUGAUAUCACCAGUGUGCCUCAUCCUCAAGUUGAUGUCUCAAGAUGGGGUUAUAAGGACAUUGCCCAUUUCUUGCUCAUCAAACUGCUUCCUGUGUCCUCUCUCCUCUACAAUUGUGCAUUAUAGUUUUCUGUGGGAUUGAACUUGGUGUACUUCAUAGAACUGUGUUCAGUAUCAGCCUUAAACUGCAGUGUUGUCAUUACAACCAGUAUUAUGAAAGAUUGCUGUUUUAUGUGGAGUGAUAGCUUGACUUUUCUAAUUGGGAUUGAAUGGGAAAUUAACUUUUUUUGGUUCAAUGUGACUUUUCCUCACCAAACCUAUUGUUAGGACGACAGGUUAGGGAUGUUAUUGUGUUCAAAACAAAAAAUCAGAACGCUACAUCACUGUAUGAAUGACAGUACCAGAUUGGUUUGAGUAGCAAAAAUGUAACAGUUGAGUAAUCUUCAUCUAGGGGAUUGUUAUCAUGUGCAUAGUGAGUGUUUUGCUGGUUCAAGCAAGGCCAUGUCAGACCCUGUAUUAUGCUUUAUAGGCUACUGUAAUUCCACAACUCAGUCCAACAGCUGACUAUAGUCUCUGUGUGGGAGUCGGCAGCGCAGCCAGCCACUGGAGGAACAAAUCUUCUCUGUUUCUAAAGAAAACAAAUGACAAUGUUGUGUGGAAAACCACUAAGGGAAUUUAGGCCAACACUGGAUUUUUCUCUUCCUGUUCGGCAAAUAAACAUCAGUUUAACCACAGCCACAACACGAUUUCCCCCAAUAUCACUAAAUAAGACAUCAUUUGACACCAAACAUGUGGGAAUGGCACAUUUGAAAAUAUGGCAUGCCCCAACAUUGUUUCUGUCCACAUUUCAAGUCAAAUUAAAGAUUAAAAAAACAAAAUAAUUGA